UAGAUGGAGUGAAGGGCUGAAUAGACCGACCCACCAACUGAAACCAGGAAGGCCGACUGGGAGAAACCCGUACAGGACUAGAGUCACAGGCAGAGUCGGGUAAAGAGUGAAAUAAUCCAGUGACGAGCAUUGGUGGCAGAGGGGAGGGUGUUUGUUACCCAGCAUGCAGGCAGCAUGGAACGGGUGAAGGAGCAGCGGUCUUUCUGCUCACUGUCCAAGAGUCAGAGAGACCAGGAGAGAGACUGUGAGAGAGACAGAGAUCGGGAACGACGUUACACCGCCUCCUCGGCCGACCAGGAGGAGGGAGCCUGCCGCGUACCCACGCAGAAGUCCUACAGUUCCAGCGAGACGCUCCAGGCAUUUGACCAUGACCCCUCCCGAAUGCUGUUUGGAGGCCGAGUCAAGGAACUGGUCCACAAGGAGAGCGUGGACUACAGCAGGGCAGGGCAGACAUUUUCGCUGAGGCAACUCGGCUUCUGUGAGCCAUCAGCUCGCAGAGGCUUGGCGCUCUGCCCUGAGACGGGCCUCUCCCACCCACUCAGCAGCUACUCCAGAGGCCCGGUCGCUACAGAAAACCAUGAACCCGUAUCACCGGACCGUACCAUGGCUCUGUGGGGAACGGGGGCAAAGUCUGGGCAAAAUUCCUGCCUCUCCAGUCGUUCUAACUCGGCGCUCACGCUCACUGACACGGAAAUGGACAAUAAAUCGGACAACGAGAUGGGUGAUCAUCUAGCCAGUCAGCAAGGACCGCCCCCUCUUCCACCAGCACCGCCUCCACACAAGCAGCAUCCGUCCAUCACGUCGCUGAGCCGUGGCUCACUGGCCAAUCAGAGGAGCCCGAGCCCGCCCCCUGCAGCCGGCCUGGCGGCCGAGUUGCAGAGUACGGCGGAAUGUGUCCAGCUGCAGGACAGCUGGGUCCUGGGCAGCAAUGUGGCCCUGGAGAGCAGGCACUUUCUUUUUAAAACGGGCACUGGAACAACACCUUUCUUCGGCGCAGCGGCCCCCGGUUACACCAUGGCAACAGGGACAGUUUAUUCCACACCGGCUCGCCCUUUGCCCAGAAACACCUUGUCCAGAGGGGCUUUCAAGUUCAAGAAAUCACCAAAACACUGCUCCUGGAAAUGCACCGCUCUGAUUGCUGUGGGUGUAGCUGUGGUGCUGUCCAUCAUUCUGUGCUACUGUAUAGCGAUGCACCUUUUCGGCCUCAAUUGGCAGCUCCAAGAGUUGGACAACCAGCCUGCUUUUGAAAACGGAGGGAUUGGAAAGACGGGCCCCACUCAGUCGAGCAUAGUGACAGCUCUGUCUGCUGAUACCGGAAGGACAAGUGUGCUCCAUAAGGAGAACAACUCCAUUGACACAGGACAGGUGGAAAUAGGAAAGAAGGUGGGUCAGAGUGUCCCACCGGGGGUGUUCUGGCGGUCUCAGCUAAACCUGGAGCAACCACGCUUCCUCAAGUUCAACAUUUCUGUACAGAAGAAUGCUUUGAUCGGCGUCUAUGGGCGGAAGGGCCUCGCACCAUCUCACACUCAGUACGACUUCGUUGAGCUGUUGGACGGCAGCCGGCUCAUCGCCAAAGAACAUCGGACUCCAAAUGAACCAGAGACGAGGUUGAGGCUGGAGCAUCCAGUUACUGUCCAUCAGGCCGGCUUCAUCCAGUACCUGGACUCAGGGGUGUGGCAUGUGGCGUUUUAUAAUGAUGGACGCAGCGUGGAGGCGGUGUCCUACAACACCAUCAUUCAGGAAUCUGUGACGGAGUGCACGCACAACUGCUACGGGAACGGAGAGUGUGUGGCGGGAUCGUGCCACUGUUUCCCAGGAUUCAUCGGACCUUACUGUUCCAGAGCUGCUUGUCCGAUCCUGUGCAGUGGUAACGGCCAGUACACCAGGGGGCGCUGUCAGUGCUAUAGCGGCUGGAAAGGCACUGAGUGUGAUGUGCCUGCGUCUCAGUGUAUCGAUCCACAGUGUGGGGGACAUGGACUAUGCGUGGCGGGCAACUGUGUUUGCAACACCGGCCAUAAAGGAAGCAACUGUGAACAAGUGGAUUGUGUGAACCCGACAUGCUCCGGGCACGGAACCUGCCAUCACGGCGAGUGUCACUGUAACCCUGGCUGGGGAGGAGUCAGCUGUGAGAUCCUGAAGAGCACAUGUCCAGAGCAGUGCUCCAGUCACGGCACCUUCAGCACCGACUCGGGGACCUGCAUCUGUGAUGCCAACUGGACCGGGACCGACUGCUCCAUAGAGGUGUGUGUGGUGGACUGCGGCCCCCACGGAUCCUGCCUCAGCGGAGUGUGUCACUGUGAAGAAGGCUGGACUGGUCCGGAGUGUGAGCAGAGGGACUGUCACCCACGCUGCAUUGAUCACGGCAUCUGUCGAGAGGGCAAGUGUGACUGCCAUCAGGGCUGGACUGGCGAACACUGCACCAUCGCCCUGGAUUCUAGAGUAUCAGGAGCAGUCAAGAUAGGAUAUAAAGACGGCUGCCCAGGGCUAUGCAACAACAACGGGAGGUGUGUUCUGGAUCAGAAUAUCUGGCAUUGCAUCUGCCAGUCAGGAUGGAGAGGGCUGGGAUGCGACGUGGCGACGGAAACCCUCUGCUCAGACGGCAAGGAUAACGAGGGAGAUGGGCUGGUCGACUGCAUGGACCCAGACUGCUGCACUCAAAUCGCUUGCCAGGGUCAGACCUACUGUCGCGGCUCGCCUGACCCCACCGCCGUCGCAGGUCAGGGCCAGGGCUCAGCUGACCAGCCCACGUCCAAAGGCUUUUAUGAUCACGUCAGCUUCUUGAUUGACUCCGGCGGCAGCCAUGUGAUACCCUGGGAUAACCCAUUCAACAGCAGCCUGGCAUCAGUCAUCCGGGGUCAGGUCCUCACGGGAGAUGGGACGCCGCUGAUUGGAGUCAACGUGUCUUUUCUGCACUACCCGGAGUAUGGCUACACUGUCACACGACAAGAUGGCAUGUUUGACCUGUUGGUCAACGGCGGCGCGUCUUUGACAUUGAGUUAUGAGCGUGCCCCAUUCCCUACGGUGUAUCGCACAGUAUGGCUGCCCUGGAACGUUUUCCAUGUGAUGGACAUUGUCGUGAUGAAGCGAGAAGAGAACAACAUCCCAAGCUGCUAUCUGACCGGCCUGAUAAGGCCUGACCCCCUCAUUGUGGCCACACCCCUCUCCACUCUCUACAAGACCUCCCUUGAGGAUAGUCCCAUCAUCCCUGAGACCCAGGUCCUUCAUGAGCAAGUGGCCAUACCGGGAAGCGACCUCAACCUGGUCUACCUGAGCUCCAGGGCAGCUGGCUACAAGCCCAUCCUCAAGGUCCUCCUGACCCAGGACCGUCUCCCCUUUGGCCUGAUGAAAGUCCACCUGAUGGUGGCAGUCAUGGGCCGACAGUUCCAGAAGUCCUUCCCUGCCUUUCCCGACCUCUCCUACACAUUCAUCUGGGAUAAAACAGACGCCUACAAUCAGAAGGUCUUUGGCCUGGCAGAGGCUGUGGUGUCAGUGGGAUAUGAAUACGAGUCCUGCCUUGAUGUGGUGCUCUGGGAGAAGAGGACAGCAAUGCUACAAGGCUAUGAAGCGGAUGCCUCCAACAUGGGAGGGUGGAUGUUAGACAAACACCACAUCCUGGACAUUCAGAAUGGCAUUCUUUACAAAGGCUGUGGAGAAAACCAGUUCAUCUCUCUCCAGCCCCCUGUGAUCUCCACCGUCAUGGGCAAUGGGCGACGCAGAAGCAUCUCGUGCCCCAGCUGCAAUGGGCAAGCCCAAGGCAACAAGCUGUUGGCGCCAGUGGCUUUGGCAUGGGGCAUCGAUGGUAGUCUGUAUGUUGGGGAUUUCAACUACAUCCGCCGUAUUUACCCAUCUGGCAAUGUUACGAGCAUCAUGGAGCUCCGUAACAAUCCAGCUCACCGCUACUACCUGGCAAUGGAUCCAGUAACUGGGCAGCUGUAUGUGUCAGACACCAACUCCCGGAGGAUCUACCGACCGAAAAGCUUAAGUGGAGCCAAAGAUUUGCAGUCUAACGCGGAGGUGAUUGCAGGAACCGGAGAACACUGUUUGCCCUUUGAUGAGAACCACUGCGGAGAUGGAGGCAAAGCUCCCGAGGCGUCCCUCACUGGACCCAAAGGCAUCACCAUGGACAAAAAUGGCCUGAUUUACUUCGUCGAUGGUACCACAAUCCGUAAGGUGGACCGGAAUGGCGUCAUCUCCACUUUCCUCGGGUCCAACGACCUGACAUCGGCUCGCCCGCUGACUUGUGACAGCAGCAUGGACAUUAAUCAGGUGAUUCUGGAGUGGCCCACAGACCUUGCAGUGAGCCCGAUGGACAACUCUUUGUAUGUUCUGGACAAUAAUAUCGUGCUGCGCAUCACAGAGAACGGUCAAGUGAGUAUUGCAGCUGGCCGGCCUAUUCAUUGCCCGUUGGCUGGAAUAGAGCAUGGAUUGGCUGGCGGUCAAAGAGCGCAGUUGACUCCUCUUGAAUCUGCUGUUGCCAUCGCCAUAUCCUACCAUGGGUCCAUCUACAUAGCAGAGACAGAUGAGAGGAAGCUAAGCAGGAUCCGGAAGGUUUCUGUGGAUGGGGAGAUAAUGCAUUUGGCUGGAUCCCUUUCCGACUGUGACUGCAAGAAUGAUGCCAACUGUGACUGCUACCAGACAGGAGAUGGCUAUGCCAAAGACGCGAGGCUCAAUGCUCCAUCUUCUUUGGUGGCGGCUCCCGAUGGUACACUCUACGUGGCAGACCUGGGCAACAUUCGCAUCCGGGCAAUCUCUGUAAAUGGGCCUACUUUGACUUCCAGUGCCAGUAUAUAUGAGGUGGCAUCUCCUGAUGCCCAAGAGCUAUAUGUUUUUGACAACAAUGGCACGCACCAGUACACCGCAAGCCUGCUCACUGGUGACUUAAAAUACACUUUCAGCUACAGCACAGAGAACGAUAUCACAGCUGUUACCGACAGCAGUGGCAACACUCUGCGAAUCCGUAGAGACCCAAACCGCAUGCCUGUGCGUAUUGUCGCCCCUGACAACCAGGUGAUAUGGCUCACCAUGGGAACCAACGGCGGACUGAAAACUCUUACAGCUCAGGGACAGGAGCUGGUGCUUCUUACUUACCAUGGCAACAAUGGUCUCCUGGCUACUAAGACAUCGGAGAUUGGCUGGACAACUUUCUAUGACUACGACAGCGAAGGCAGGCUAAUGAACGUGACGUUCCCCACCGGAAUGGUGAAUAACCUGUACACGGAUAUCUACAGCGCUUUGACGGUUGACAUUGAAAGCUCCCUGACGGACGAGGAAAUCAGCAUCACCACAAAUACGUCCAGCAUUCGUGCCUUCUACACUCUGGCUCAAGACCAGUGUAGAAGCAGCUACCAAGUGGGCUUUGAUAACUCUCUGAGGAUUACCUAUGCCAAUGGGAUGGACACCCACUACCAGACAGAACCCCACAUCCUGGCCGGCGCUGCCAACCCAACUGUCGCCAGACGCAACAUGAGCCUGCCAGGGGAGAGUGGGCAAAACUUGGUUGAGUGGCGCUUCCGCAAAGAGCAAGCCAGAGGGAAAGUGAUCGUGUUUGGACGAAAGCUGAGGGUGAACGGACGGAAUAUUCUGUCUGUCGAUUAUGACCGCACACUGAAGACUGAGAAGAUUUAUGAUGACCACCGCAAGUUCCUCUUGAAGAUAAUAUACGACACAGCAGGUCAUCCAGUACUUUGGGUGCCAAGCAGUAAGCUGCUGCCAGUUAACGUGAGCCGCAGUAGCACGGGACAGAUCAGCGCCCUGCAGAGAGGUCCAACCAUUGAGAGACUGGAAUACGAUGGUCAAGGCCGCCUGGUAUCCAGGGUCUUUGCUGAUGGGAAGAUUUGGAGUUACACGUACUUGGAGCAGUCCAUGGUUCUGCUGCUCCACAGUCAGCGCCAGUACAUCUUUGAUUUUGACUCCUUGGACCGGCUUUCUGCUGUCACCAUGCCAAGUGUGGCCCGCUACACCAUGCAGACCAUCCGAUCAGUUGGGUACUACAGGAACCUUUACCACCCCCCAGAGAGCAAUGCCUCAGUAGCUGUGGACUACAGCGAAGAUGGCCUCCUUCUGAGAAUAUCGCAUCUCGGCACAGGCCGUAGGGUCCUGUACAGGUACCGUCGACAGAACAAGCUUUCUGAGAUCUUGUACGACAGCGCAAGGGUCAGCUUCACCUAUGACGAGACAGCAGGUGUGUUGAAGACAGUCAACCUGCAGAACGAAGGCUUCAUCUGCUCCAUCCGUUUCCGGCAAGUGGGUCCCCUGGUGGACCGGCAAAUUUUCCGUUUCAGCGAGGACGGCAUGGUCAAUGCCCGUUUCGAUUACACUUACGACAGCAGCCUGCGCGUCACCAGCGUGCAAGGGGUCAUCAAUGAAACACCACUACCCAUCGACCUCUACCAGUUUGAUGACAUCUCGGGAAAAGUUGAGCAGUUUGGAAAAUUUGGAGUCAUCUAUUAUGAUAUAAAUCAAAUCAUAUCCACAGCUGUCAUGACUUACACCAAGCACUUUGACACACAUGGGCGCAUCAAGGAGAUACAGUAUGAGAUAUUUCGCUCACUCAUGUACUGGAUCACUUUCCAGUAUGACGAUGUAGGGCGGGUCACCAAGCGAGAGCUCAAGAUAGGCCCUUUUGCCAACACCACCAAGUACAGCUAUGAGUAUGAUGUGGAUGGUCAGCUCCAGACUGUAUACUUGAAUGACAAAGUGAUGUGGCGCUAUACGUACGACCUAAAUGGAAAUCUGCACCUGCUAAAUCCAGGAAACAGUGCUAGGCUUCUGCCUCUACGCUAUGACUUAAGAGAUCGCAUCACCCGCCUGGGAAUUCAAUACAGAAUGGAUGAAAUGGCUUCCUUCGUCAGAGACGGAGCAGAAAUAUUUGAGUACAACUCCAAAGGACUCUUGGUGCGAGUCUACAGCAAGAGCAGCGGUUGGACGAUUCAGUACCGCUACGAUGGACUCGGUCGUCGAGUCUCCACCAAGACCAGCUUAGGCCAACACCUGCAGUACUUUUACGCAGACCUGAGCUACCCAGCGAGGAUUACCCAUGUGUACAACCACUCCAGUUCAGAGAUCACCUCUUUCUACUAUGACCUUCAAGGUCACCUGUUGCUAUGGAGAUCAGCAGUGGGGAGGAGGUUCUACAUUGCCUGUGACAACACCGGACACACCUCUGCUGUCUUCACGAGCAACGGCCUGCUGGUCAAACAGGUCCAGUACACCGCAUAUGGUGAGAUCUACAUUGACUCAACCCAGACUUUCAGCUUGUGCUUGGAUUUCCACGGAGGAUUGUACGACCACCGUGACCAAACUCUUACAUUUCGAGAGCGGGAUUAUGACCAUAAUGCCUGGAAGGUGGACGUGUGCCAGAUAUUUCUACUUGGAAAAAAAGUUAGCAAAGAACCAGCUCCUUUUAAUUUGUACAUGUUCAGAAACAACAAUCCCAUCAGCAAAGUCCAUGAACUGAGGGAAUACGUUGCAGAUGUGAACAGCUGGCUUGUGACCUUUGGCUUUCAUCUUCACAACACCAUUCCUGGAUUUCCAGUCCCAAAGUUUGACUUGAGCAUGCCAUCCUACGAACUGUGGAAAAGUCAGCUCUGGGAUGAUUUGCCGCCUAUCUCUGGGGUCCAACAGGAAGUAAGCAGACAAGCGCAUUCUCUCUUGUCGUUCGAGCGGCUGCCAGAGGUUCAUCUCACUCGAGGUCGCAGAGGUGAAAAGUCUUGGCUGUGGUUCUCAGCAGCGAUGUCUCCCAUCGGCCGAGCCGUCAUGUUUGCCAUCUACAAGGGGAGCAUCCGCACUCACACGUCAACGUGGACAAGUGAGGACUGUAUCAAGGUCGCGACCAUUCUCAACAACGCCUUCUACCUGGAAGACCUCCACUUCAGCAUAGAAGGCCGGGACACGCAUUACUUUGUUAAACCCGGCCUCCCGGACGGCGACCUCGCAGCACUGCACCUCACUAGCGGGCACAAGACUCUGGAGAAUGGUGUCAAUGUGACAGUUUCCCAGUCCACCACUGUCAUGGACAGCCGGACUCGGCGUUUUGCAGAUGUAGAGAUCCGCCGUGGCGCCCUUGCUUUCACAUCCAGCUACGGACUCACGGUGGAUGAGGAGAAAGCGCGGGUGGUGGAGCUGGCUCGUCAGCGCGCCCUGGCGAGCGCAUGGGCUAGAGAGCAGCAGCGAGUGCGCGACGGCGAAGAAGGGGUCCGACCCUGGACAGAGGGGGAGAAGAGGCAGCUUCUGAGCAGCGGAAAAGUUCUUGGCUAUGAUGGGUACUACGUGCUUUCCAUCGAGCAGUACCCAGAAUUAUCAGACAGCAUUAAUAACAUUCACUUUCUACGGCAAAGUGAAAUCGGGAAAAGGUAA